ACUACCACAUCUACUGCAGAUGGCUGCAAACGGAGAGACCCGCUUCAUCGACUGGCCAAACAGAUAUUUCCAUGUCGAUCAAGUAUUAGACAGACCAGGUCCUCGAACAGAGCCUGGCUUCAUGGCUGGAGAACCAAUUAAAGACUUCCUCCGCAAUCAAUGCAAGGUGCUUGUUAUAGGCGCUGGUGGACUAGGAUGUGAGAUCCUUGCAAAUCUGGCUUUGACUGGGUUCAAAGACAUCCAUGUCAUUGACAUGGACACGAUUGACAUCAGCAACUUGAAUCGACAAUUCCUCUUUCGACCCAAAGAUGUUGGGAAAUCAAAAGCCAUCGUCGCAGCAGAGUUUAUCAUGAAGCGGGUUCCAGGCGUAAGAGUCACUCCGUAUCACGGAAAGAUCCAAGACAAAGACACAUCAUAUUACAUGCAAUUCCACAUUAUUAUUUGCGGGCUGGACUCCGUAGAGGCUCGACGAUGGAUUAACGCCACAUUAGUUGGUAUGGUAGAUGAGGAGAACCCGGAGAGUUUGAAGCCGCUUAUAGACGGAGGGACCGAAGGCUUCCGAGGACAAGCUCGAGUCAUCUUACCAACCGUUACUUCCUGCUACGAAUGCUCCCUAGACUUACUAAACAAACCUACCGCUUUCCCUAUCUGUACUAUCGCAAACACUCCCCGCUUACCAGAACACUGCAUUGAAUGGGCCUCCGUAUUAGAAUGGCCUCGCGUAUUCGGCGAGAAAAAACUGGACACUGACGAUCCGGAACAUAUCAACUGGUUAUACACCACCGCCCUCGCUCGCGCAACUCAAUUCAACAUCGAAGGUGUAACCUGGUCCCUAACGCAGGGAGUCGUAAAAAACAUCAUCCCAGCCAUCGCUUCAACAAACGCCAUCAUCGCCGCAUCAUGUUGUAACGAAGCAUUCAAAAUCGCCACGAACUCAUCCGCAUACCUAGACAACUACUUCAUGUACAUCGGUACUGACGGCGUCUACUCAUAUACUUUCAAGCAUGAACAACGCGACGACUGUCCAGUCUGCGGAGGGAAAGCUGUGCUUUUCGAAGUUGGACGCGACUGGACUGUACAAGCCUUGAUAGACGCUCUCGCUGAGAGACCUGACGUACAAGUCAAGAGACCCUCACUCUCAACCAAACGAACAGACGGCUCAACAGCCAACAUGUACCUCCAAGGUCCCAAAGCACUCGAAGAGCUGACACGACCAAACUUGGAGAAGAAAGUUAUAGAUUUCGUAGAAGAGGGAGGCUCGAUCUUGGUCACUGCUGCUUCGCUACCAUUGAGUCUUGAUCUUGUUGUUAAAUAUGUGUAGAAUAGAUUUAUCAUUGUUUUGGGGUUUAAAAUGAAGAUGAAGGAAAUGAAAUGUAGGUUGUGGAUUAAGUUGUUUUGUACAAUACCUUUUGGCUACAAAGAUAGACUGAGUGAGGUGGAGAGAUGGGACUAGAAACCGCCUAAUCGCUUUUUUGGAGGUUUCUUCUUCCCUGUUCCUGGUCUUCCGCCGUGAACUCCCGGAAGGACUUGCGUGUUCGUCAUCAUUGCCGGUUGUGAACUUGAAAGAGCGGAGUCUAUCUGUGAACCACCGUAGGGCAUUUGUGUCUGAGUAUGCACCUGCACGGGAAGUCGCUGAGUAGCAGAUAGCGACACUUUGAUACCACCCGGCUGCUUUCCUUGUCCAGCCAGAGUCCUUGCUGCUACGAUCGUUGGCGGAGCUUGAGUGUGUACGGGACGAGACGGUCCACUAUCCCUCUCUCCAGAAAGACUUCGUUGUUGUUGUCGAUGCCGUCUCGAGCGACUUUGAACCCUAUCACGUUGAGCCUCCGCGCCGGAAGCGUCCAAAUCGUACGGGUCGACGUAUUCAUAUUUAUAUGGAUCGUCACCAACGUUCCAUUCUGAUAGUAGAAGUCGUACGCUGAGAGGCAUCUUGGCUAUUCCUUCACCUUCUACCGCAUCAGAACCUUCAUCUGUCUGAUUUUCGUCACCCUGUUUGGGGUUUCUUUGAUGCUUCUUCCCUUCCUUGACGACAGGUCGGAGGAACCCAAAGGUAACCUGAGGCGGCUCCUUCCCAGUCAGCGAGAGCUUCUCCGCUGCCUGUGUGAGUAGCGCAGUAUCUUCAUGCGCCUCCCCUUCGUUCACCUCCGCUCCAGAAGCUGGCAGUUCCUGUGUCGGAUUUCUUAUCGGAAUCGCACUAAAUACAUCAGCAGAUAAAGCCAAAUCAAGCGCAAGCUGUUCCCUCGCCUCCGACUCGCGUCUGUCAGCCGCAGAUAUCUCCUCUUCCCUACUAACGAGGUACGGAUCAAGUUCUUCAGCAGGAGUGGGCGUCUCUUUGAAUAAUUCGGGAGAUAUCUUGUUCAAGAUCGGUUGGAUGUUCAUAUGCCAGGCUGCUUUCUUCGCGACCUCAUCGAUGGGGAUGCGAGCUUGUUGACGAGCUCUGUAUCCACGUGCGGAGUCUAAGACUGUACCUGUUAGGAAGUCCGCCCGUGCUUCGUGUAAUGGUUGUUCUCCUGAACCGAACGCUACGUCAAAGAGCGUGUGUAUAUGAUCCUCUCCGAUAUCUGAACGCUGCCAGAAGAAUGGCAUUUUCUCCAACGUUUCGUAAACAUCCUCUGCUUUGGUUUCCUCGUUCGCAUCGCGUACUUUCUGUGCCUUUUCGCCAAAUAAUUCCUCGUAUACCCCACUCAGAUUUUCAACAAUGCGCUCUCGUGCCGCCAAUUUACCAUAAUCAGGUCGUAAGUCCUUGGAUCGUCUCUCAAGUUCACGAACUUCAUCGGACCACUGACACCGAAAUCGACUAUCGACGUACUCCUGCUCCGCAAUGCCGGUUGAAGUAUCAACCGAGCACUCAAGUUCCUGGUGGUGCAAACUCCCUUGCUCGGAAAGUUCAACCCGGGUGAAGGAACCAGACGGAGUUCCCGGAUGUCGAAUUAGAGUCCUUCCAGCAACAGGACCGCAGCAGAUGGCGUGAGGUAGUGAACGAGCGGGCAUUUGGCAUUGAAGCGGUCCGUCUUGUAGAUGACCGACAGAAAUGGCGGAAACGAGAUCAUUCUUAGAAGAACUGAGGAAUGCUAGAG